CGACGAGGGGCUUCCGUCCAGAGGAUUUAACGUUAUGAGACGAGUCUGACGAAUCGGCGAACGUAUCACGGUUAACACGUUGACACGAUGACUGUCGGGAAGAGUAUCCAUUUAUUACUCGUCAUCCUUUCUUCUAUGUCCGUCGUUUCACGCUCUUACGUGCCCGAAGCCACAGGUAGGAGAUUAUUCGGCGGAUAUAGAAUAGUACCGAAAGCGUGUCAACCGACGAUACCAUCCCGGGUUAAGUCAAACGAGCCAGCUAUAUGCAUGUUCAAUUAUGAAUGCUCGCGACGAAAUGGACAAGUGGUCGGCGCUUGUAUGGACGGUUUCCUUUUUGGCGCGUGCUGCCAAUUGCCGUUGAAAACAUUGACCGGCACCAACGUCCCGAGCACCGAUCAAAUAUUCAACGUACACGAAAUCGAUCACGUCCCGGAUAUUCCCAUCUUGUUAAAUCCAGACGGGACGCCGCUCGGGAUGACGGUGUCCCAGGACAAUACCGUCAAGAUGGAUAUUCAUCACGCGUCCACCCAAAUGGACAAAAACCAAGGGAUCACGUACACUAAAAUUUCAACGUUCGACGCCCCCUCUUCGACCACCACCAAGUCGAUAUCCGGGAUCGGGCAGAUCCAAGACAGCGUUGAGAACGCGGAGAAACCACAAUUACCCGCGCAACCAGACGUAACCCAUCUGGAAGAGGAUUUUCCGGCUCUGCUGGGUCAGCAGAACAUCUUGGACGAUCUGGGUCUCCCGGGAUUGUUGACUCAUUCGAAUAAUAACAUACAGAAUCAUCAGAGCAAUCCUAUUAUUAAUCCGGUUACCACUUUGCUAAGCCCGGAUCAGAUACUUCAGAUAGCCGAUCCGGUUGACCAACUUCCGGCCCUGUUCUCCCAAGGAUUGGGCCAGAACAAUCACACCUCGCCCGACACGAUAUUAUUAAACGAGAAUGGGACGAUGUUAAACGAGACCAACAAUCCCGAUGAUUUGUUCAAACCUAACGUCGAGUCGACCUCCGUCGAGGAGAAGAGAGUGACCGAAACUUUGAGCACCACUCAGAGGCCGAGAGUGACCGAAAGCGUGUCGUAUACGGAAAUUAAGAGGCCUUUCCACGACCACACCACUCAUCGGAUCAGCACGUCGACGACACAGUGGAUUAAAUUCUCCGAUCAAUCUUCGCCCUCCACGCACGACGCCACGGAAGAUCAAACGUUCGGCACGUCGUCGAUGACGAAAUUGCCGAUCACCCAAUUGUACGCCAACACGCAAAGGCUCACGACCGCUUCCCUCCCUCAGGAGACGGCGAUCGAUAACUUCGAAAAGAUCGGCACGUUGAAAGAAAGGGUAUCGACCAAGGACGUGGAUGCUGAUGAACCGAUCGAUAAAAUAACGACCACUCCGAUGACUACUGUUCUAAGCGACAAGAAGAACGAAUUGAUCAGAGUCCCGACCAUCACUUACGACGCACCCUCUGGAAAUAAAAAGGACGAUAUGAUAGACAAGGAGGAAAUAGCGAUUAAUCACAUAAUAUCGAUCUUGAACGACACGAAACCGGGCACGGGAACGACGAUUCAAACACCGAAUUCGUCCAUUAAUAAAUGGGUCAGCAUCGACGAAACUUCGAAACCGUCGUUGGUUCGAAUCUCCACUAAACCUCCUUUUCUUUCUCAACCGACCACCGCUGAAUCAUUCCCUUACACCUUCUAUAAACCGGGACAAUCGUCUAAUUAUUACAGCUACGAAACGAUCCCCACGGAUACGACUCACGCUUCGUAUUCGACCUCGAACGCGCAUUCCUCGAGACCGUCGACCCAAUCAAUUUUCACCAGCGUCCCGACUUCCGAUUAUUCCACGACGAAAGUGACCACGACGAAUCCGCCAGCACCGACAGUCAUUGUCCUAGGCCCUCUGGGCACGGAAUUCACCACGGAGACGACUCCGAAAACGGUGACGAGGAAGCCGUCGGGGGCGGAAAGUGGCGGAUCCACCGCGAUCUUCAAGCCUACGAUCGAAUCGACGAGGCCGAGCCCGCUCACCACGAAAAAGCCGAGCGUUUCCACCACCAUAACUCACAACAUCAGCACAGUUAUCUCGAACGUCGCUACAAACAACGUGGUCUCGACCAGUUUCUUCAGCGUGAACGUGAAAGACGGCGCUACUUCUGAGCCAAUGGUGGACAGUGGUAGCUAUAACACGAAAUCCACAACCUACCAGACCGAGAUAAAUUCGGAGAGGUUGUCGACGAGAAGACCCACGAUUUGGACCACCUUUUCCACGUGGUCCGACAAACCGAGUUUCCAUCUGAAACCAUCCACUCCUUCGAACAUAGUUUUCACCGAGGAGAACACAGGAGAGCAUGUUGACACGAUAAUAUUCAAAGAUCCCGUCGUUUCAUCCGAGACGUAUCCAAUCAAAUCAACCACCGGUCCGCCACAUUGCGACGAAGAGACAGCUGCGCCCGACGACCUGAUCAAUUUCCCUCCAGUUCGAAAUCCGAAUCUCAAUAUUUCGACUCCGAUUUCGCAACAGGAAAAACCAACCAUCGUCGAAACCUUCAACAACACGGGUUACCCAGACAUCGAGAUAUUAAGCGAAAACGAUAUUCCAACGCCAACCUUCAUCGAGGACGACGUGCUCACGAACAAAGUGGACACGUUCGUGAACAAGAUCAUGCAAUCGUUGCAAGACAACUUCCAGGAUCUGAAGGAUAUCGUGUACAAUCGCGCCAACGCUACGUCGAGUCCACCACCUACAAAGAGGCCUGCCAUUUCCACCACGAGGAAACCGUUGCGAAAGCCAACUACGACGACCAAACCUUCGUACAUCACGACGAAGAAACCGGCGACCACGAAGAGGCCGUCGAUCAAUCGUCCCACAACUUUGAAACCUUUCGUAUCGUCUGAGAAACCAGUUCGCCCUUCGAAACCGACUACUCUGAAACCAAAGCCAAACACGGUGUCCAGCGCGACCACGAAGAAACCCCAGAUUACAACGAAACGUCCGAGACCGACCAAGAGGCCUACUACAACGUUGGCAACGAGUACGGAAGAGGCAAUUAUGGAGGAGGAGAUCAGUACUUCCGGCGCACUCGAAACUACCACGAGUCCCCAGAUCUCUUCGUCCAACGAUUUUCGUUCUCAAUGCGGCGUAAGACCUUUGGUCAAAUCUGGAAGGAUCGUCGGUGGCAAAGCAGCGACAUUCGGCGAAUGGCCGUGGCAAGUUUUAGUUCGAGAGGCAACUUGGUUGGGUCUCUUUACCAAAAAUAAAUGCGGCGGUGUUCUUAUUACAGACAAGUACGUCAUCACUGCUGCUCACUGUCAACCUGGAUUUUUGGCAACAUUGGUCGCCGUUUUUGGAGAAUUCGAUUUAUCCGGUGAAUUGGAAGCAAAGCGAAGCAUAACGAGGAACGUUCGUCGAGUAAUCGUGAACAGGGGUUACAAUCCAACUACGUUCGAGAGUGACUUGGCUCUUUUGGAACUGGAAUCACCGAUACAAUUUGACGUUCAUAUCGUCCCAAUUUGUAUGCCCGAUGAUGGUAUAGAUUUCACUGGUAGAAUGGCUACCGUGACCGGUUGGGGACGAUUGAAAUAUAACGGUGGUGUACCCUCUGUUCUACAAGAAGUUCAAGUGCCUAUAAUUAAGAAUUCCGUAUGUCAAGAAAUGUUCCAGACAGCUGGACAUUCUAAAUUAAUUCUCGACAGCUUCCUCUGUGCGGGUUAUGCAAAUGGACAAAAAGAUUCUUGCGAGGGUGACAGUGGUGGUCCAUUAGUAAUGCAACGACCAGACGGAAGAUGGUUCUUAGUAGGCACGGUAUCCCAUGGAAUAACAUGUGCUGCACCUUAUCUUCCAGGUGUAUACAUGAGGACGACUUACUUCAAACCUUGGCUACAAAGUAUCACUGGGGUCUGAAAGACAGAAGAUAGUGUAUUUCCUGGACAAGGUGACAGGCACUGAUGAUUACGUGCCACUUGUAUAAAUGUACAAAGGAAGAAUUAAUUUAUUUCCUUCGGAAUAGAUUGAAGAAUAUCGUCCAAUUGAUUAAAAGGACAUAAAU